AUGAUUAGAGAAAAUUCCACCCUGGUGACCAGCUUCAUUCUCUUUGGAUUAACAGAACAUUUGGAGAUGCGACCUCCACUCUUUGCCUUGUUUUUAACAAUCUAUACCGUCACUCUGGUGGGGAACCUUGGGAUAAUUGUAUUAAUCUGGCUAGAUCCCCAGCUGCACACCCCCAUGUACUUUUUCCUCAGCAGCCUGUCCUUUUUAGAUGCCUGCUAUUCUACCACCAUCACACCUAAUAUGCUAGUGAACUUUCUAAUAGGGAACAAAACUAUCUCAUAUGCUGCCUGCAUUACUCAAUACUUUUUUUUCGCAAUAUUUGCCACCACUGAAUUUUUCCUCCUGGCUGCCAUGGCAUAUGACCGAUAUGUGGCCAUCUGCAACCCUUUGCUUUACACUGCUGUCAUUACAAAGAGAAUUUGCAUAGGGCUGGUGGCAGGAUCAUACCUUUGGGGUUUGGUGAACUCACUGAUUCACACAAGUGGAUUGUUGAGAUUGUCAUUUUGUGGCUCCAAUGUAAUCAAUCACUUUUUCUGUGAUCUCACACCCCUCCUGAAACUAUCUUGCAGUGAUAUCUAUAUGAAUGAAAUGCUGAUAUUCACUUUUGGCAGCUUGUUUGAAAUGAGCACCUUGCUGAUCAUUAUUGUCUCUUACAUAUUCAUCCUAAUGGCUGUUCUGAGGAUUCACUCUGCUAAGGGGAGGCAAAAAGCAUUUUCCACCUGUGCUUCCCAUCUCACAGCUGUGGCCAUAUACCACGGGACCAUUUUGUUCAUGUAUUUCCGUCCCAGUUCCAGCUAUUCGCUUGACACUGACAAAAUGGCCUCUGUGUUUUACACUGUGAUAAUACCCAUGUUGAACCCCUUGAUCUACAGCCUGAGGAACAAGGAUGUGAAAUGUGCUGUAAGAAAGGUUAUUGGGAGAAAAGUAUUUUCUCAGUAA